AUGUCCUCGCAGUCAUCGCCAGAGAUCCCUUCACUUGGGGACACUUUCGGAGCGCUCUUUGUUGGUGCUACGAUAGCCGCCAUUCUAUUCGGUAUAAUGAAUCUACAAGUGCUCAUCUACUACAAGAGAUACCCCAACGACUGGUCCCUCUACCGCCAUUCUGUAGCGCUAUUUUGGUUCCUGGACACUGUUCAUGUCGCUUUAGGGACCCAUGCCCUAUAUUACUAUCUGAUUGAUAUGUCUGGGAACUUGCGGGGUGCCCUAGAAGCAAAUAUCAUUUGGAGCAUGAGGGUGCAAUUAGUCGUAAAGGUGUGGACCAUCGUGUUCGUCCAAGGGGUGUAUGCCAUCAGACUCUGGAAACUUGGAAGGCAUUUUCACAAAAUCAUCCCGUGGUUCGUGUUUCUCGCUGUGGCAGCAUCGCUCGGCGCAGGAAUAUUUCUCUCCAAUGACAUUUAUGUUACGCCGAAUUUGGCAUCUGUCUCCAUCAUCACCGCAUCUAUUUACACCUUCUAUUCCAUGAUCAUCACCGCGGAUGUCAUCAUAGCCCUCAUGAUGACCUAUUACCUUCACAAGAGCAGGGCCGCCAUGCACUUCGCUUCUACCGCUGACCUACUUCUAGGUCUAAUGCGAAUGGUUCUCGCAACAGGUAUAGCUACAAGUGCUUGCUCGUUAUUCUCUCUCUUCACAUACAUCAUGUGGCCCAAAACUCUCAUUUUCGUCGCAAUCGAUUUCAUACUUCCCCGACUCUAUAUAAACUCCCUGCUUGCAAUGUUUAAUUACCGACAUCAACGUUCAUCGAAUACGUCAACCUCAGAGGAUAGAAGACAUUCGAUUCCCAAUGUCCUCCAGUUUGCACCCAACCCCUCCGAGAGCCAUUCCAAAGAAACGAAUAUUAGCAUACCGCUGUCUGAGAUCCAGCGCACCCGUUCUUCGGCAGAGUCAGGAAUUUCCAAAGGAACUGUCGAUUCUCCGGUCUGA